AUGGCUGACGCCAAGAUCCUCAUGAUUCAUGGAAAUGGCCAAUCUGGCCUCUUCUUCAAGUCUAAAACACGCUUCCUACACGGACCACUCGAGGAAGUCUUCUCGUCGUCCUUCACGAGGCUCACCUUCGUGUAUCCUGAUGGUCCUACCUCAGGACAAGACUUUCUUGAGAAUACCGGCAUGAAUGAUCCCUCCGAAGCACAGCAAAAUGACUGCGAGGAGGAACAAGGACAAGAUUGGCGACUCUGGGCCUAUGGAGAUCCCGAUGGACGCUCUGUAGGCUUCGAACGCUCCCUGCGGCAUAUCGUCGAUGUCCUCCACCGCGAGGGCCCUUUUAUAGGCGUCAUCGGAUUCUCGGUUGGCGCUGCAUUGGCCUCCAUGAUUGCCGCACUCUUGGAAGAUAAACGUGUUGACGGCUUAGAUUUGAUGGUAAUACCCUCUACUUAA